AUGGGUGAGGGGAUUCCGGCUGUCACCGGAAUCGGCUGCAGGGAAGGGGACGGGUGCGUCAUUUGUGAUUAUGGCACCUUCUGGGACAAUGGAGUUUGCAACGUUUGUCCGGCGGGAAGGUAUGCUGACACUCAAGGUCAAGUGGAUUGCCACGACUGUCCGGAGGGGACUUUCUUGGCUGAUGAUGGCCAGCUGUGGAGAACAUACUUCCUCGCCGGGAAGUCUGUUCUGACGCUGUGUGAGAAGUGCCAAGCUGGAUACUACAGCGACGAGGGUUUCUUCUGCUACCAGUGCUGGACGGGAACAGCGGAGAACUGUGCCAAGCCUGCCCUGCGGGCAGAUUUUCUUCAACGCAGGUGUCUUCUGAAGGCAGCCCGAGCUGUGAGUAUUGCCCUGGAGGCAGGCCAGAUGUCUUGUUACGACUGCUAUUGGGGAUUGUAUGCCCCAGCCGCGGGUCCUGCCAAGCCUGUCCGGCUGGGCGGUACUUCAGUGGUACUGGUGCAAAUGAAUCGUCAGCAUGUACCGCGUGCCCAGGGGCCCGGGCUGCUGGACACCAGUGUGCACGCGGUCAAUGUUAAAGUAGAUUCAUGCGAGCCAGAUCCGACCGAUCUUGAGAGUCUUCUUGCUGACCUCAGCCAGUUUUUUGAUCAGCUGGGAGGAGGAUACAGUUAUGGUUAUGGGACGACAGGCGGCUAUGGUGGGUUUGGGGGUUAUGGCGGUGCACCUGGUGGAUUUGGUGGCUAUGGGAGUGGCGGGUUUGGAGGUGGGUUCCCCGGUGGAAGCCCAGGUGGGUUUUAUGGCGGCUACGGGCCGGGCUUUCGGAGGCUGGAGUCAGGAAACGUCGUGGAUGGCUUCGGGUCUUCAAGGGUUUGGAUCGCCUCCAACUUUUCGGUUGCUUGGCCCGACAAGAUCACAGCAGAGCCUGGUAAUUACAAGCUGUGCUGGUGUGGUGGUGUUGGUUAUCAGGGAUACAACAUGCCUACGUAUCUCCGAUGCAUCCGAGACGUGAUGUACGACUUUGAGGUGGGGUCCAUGGCUGUGGCUGGGCCUUUCCAAGGUCAGUCUUUCUCCUGUGUUCGAGGCAGAGUCUGCAACGCGGGCCGAUUGCGAGGUGUGGGUUUGACGCAAGAGGACACACUAAACCUUCGAGCUGGCUGCACUGUGGAUGGGGCCCGGAGAUUCACAGGGGUGCCAUUCCAAAUCUCCGCCGUGCCGUCUGAUGUCCCCGGUGAAGUAGACCUAGAUUUCGGACUAAAUUACACCGUCUACGAUGCACCGGGCGCAUACACGCUGUGUUGGUGUUCUUCCAAAGGCACGCCUUGCAGCACUAUGGACCUGCGAGUGGACAGCGACAGCGAUGUCUACUUGGAAACGCAGGCUGCGACCUUGAGCCUGGACGGCCCGAAUCCUGGGGCAGAGGUGGAAUGCUUUCUGGGACAGACUUGCUGGCUCCACCUGGAUCUUCAAGGCCAAAACCUCCAAGAUGGCGACCGCCUCACAGCUCUGCCGAAAUGUGGCGAUGAUGACAGCUUCAUUACAGGCUUUCCUUCUCCGGGCUAUGCAGAUGCAUCUGAAGGUGGUUUGGUGUUUAUCUUCACCGGAGGUUCCUUAAGCACCGAGCCGGGGAUUUACCAAAUGUGCUGGUGUCGUCCGGAAGCAGCAUCCGGCUUAGCUUGUAAUAAGGCAAGUGACUUCACUACAACCAUAGGGCUGUUUCUCGCCACCGGACCUUACUCUGGUCAGACAGCCGAGUGCGAGCUCGGCUCCGAAUGCAUCGUUCCCGCCUUUCGGGGAGUCAGCUUGUCGACGAAGGAUCCGGUCGUGCCAAUGACCGCUUGUGAGAAGCUGACCCCCGCGGCCAACUUUCCCCCUCCGCUCAGCCCCAUCUAUGCCUCACAACAAGGCGGGGCCUUUGUUAUCAAUCUCGGAGAGCUGCACAUAGGGAACGACGCGGUGCCAGAGAUCGUGGAGCUUUGUUGGUGCUCCAUGAGACUUCAGACUGGUGACGAUUCCGUAGAGCCUUGCACCCAGAAUUGGCAUUUUGGGACCGCUGGAAUCACACUCUACUUGGUUUGCCCACCGGGCUAUUACGAACUGGUGGGUGCUUCCAAGACCUGCCAGCUGUGCCCUCCAGGGUACUACUGCCCAGGCGGCUGGGGCAAGUCGAAGAUUUCUUGCCCUGCAGGAAGCACUUCUGCUGCCAAAGCAGAAUCGGUGGACGACUGCCAGUGCAGGCGGGGCUAUUUCUUGGCUGAGGCAGUUGGUGCUUGCAUGGCCUGCUUUGCCGGGACAUUCAAGAAUUCCGUCGACAGGCUCCGUGAGUGCACAGGUUCAUGCCCACCUCAAACGACAUCCGCAACGGGUGCAAUAAGUAUGCUGGAGUGCUUCUGCGAGCAUCAGGCUGUUGACAUUGACAGCCGUCAGGGAGUCUUUCAGUGCACAAGCCUAGACUCUCUAUCAGACGUCUCCAGCAACGGAUCAGCUCUCUUCGCAUCGAGUCAGGUGCCCGUAUAUUCAUUCAGUGGCUCCCUGGCUGUAGUGGAUGCUUCAACCCAGGCUUUGUUGGAUGAGAUCAGUGAAAAGAUCACCGAGCGCCUGGAGACCGGCUCUCGUGCUUCAUUUACUCUGGAAGUGGGCAGUGUGCUGGACUGGCGUCUGGACUUCGAGAUUUUGAGCUCUGAUGCGGAGCUUGCAGCAGAACUGCAAGCGAAGCUUGAUCCUUCACCCUUCGCGGCCUGGGUUUACACAGACAUGAGCACGACAGCACUUGCGUCGGCCAACAUUACACAGCUUACAGACAUCUCGCAAUCAGUCUUGCAGUGCCCAGAUGGUUUAGGCUUUGAGCCUGGGACGCAUGCUACCAGCCUAGAUGAUUGCAAGUGCCCGCAUGGAAUGCAGCCAUCUGAUGGGAGCACUGGGAUCCUCGCAGGUUGCACCAGCUGCCCGCAGGGUUACUUCAAAACCUCAGUGGGUGACACGAUCUGCGAGGCUUGUCCGGCUGGCGAUGUCCCGCUCACCACGCUGCAGCAAGGUGCGGUCUCGCCAACUGCUUGCACGUGCUCAGCCGGUUAUCAUGUCGACCCUAAGCCUCCCGGCAGAUGCAUCCCUUGUGGGGAUGGCCAUUUUUGUUUCGGGGGAAGCCAUCGGCAGGCUUGUAGCGAGUCGCGGACAACAGAUAGCAGCACGGCAGGUGCUGAGGAUGAGUGCCUAUGUUCAGAUGGCACGUACCUCAAUGAAACAACAGAGCAGUGUGACCCGUGCGUGGCGGGCCGAUUCAAAGGAGAUAUUGGCAAUGCGCCUUGUGCGGACUGUGAUGCUGGCAAGUAUUCGGAACAAGGCAGCAGCGAGUGUGACGAUUGCAGUCCUGGGCGAUUUUCAUCGCAAGGUGAUGCAACGUGCGAGGCCUGCCCAGCUGGUCGUUAUUCUCAGACUGAUGCUGCAACUUCUCUCGAUUCCUGUCUGUUCUGUAGUAUUGGCACCUGGAGCAACGACACCGGUGCUGAUGCUGAUGCCACCUGCCGCAAAUGUCCGGAUGGAACAACCACGGAGCAGAGUGGAUCAACGAAUCUCACGGCAUGUGUGCGCCCCUAUCGGGGACAAGAUCGCGACUGCGUCUCAGGCCGAGUAUGUUCUGUGGAUGAUCUCGAGGGCUAUGGCAUCAGGGCGGGUCAUCGCAUGGGUAUUGCGUCUACAGAUUGCAAAGCCGCGAAGGUGUCAGUAGAAGGUAUAGAGAGCGAUGGGAUUUCCAAGGUCUCGGACACAGGUAGAGGCUACGGGUGGGGUGACGAGCCGUUGGAUUUCACACCAGCAGGUGGCUUCUACAACAUGUGCUGGUGUGCCAACAUGCAAGGCUUGGUGUGCACGGAUUUGAAUGCCAACUAUCUCACACAGGCCGGGCGACUUCUCGUUGCUGGCCCAUCAGAAAAUUUGUUUCGGUGUGUGCGAGGUCGUGACUGCGUUGGCUUGUCCCCCUUUUCCGGCUUUGAGCUUGCUUUGACAGACCUCGUGUCCGUAAGGCGAGAUUCAUGUGGCACCACUGCAGUUACAGAAAUCUCGAACUCCAACUCUGAAGGGCUCGGCAGUCUGAGCAAUCUGCAGCGCGCCGGUGCGGUCACCACAUUGACCUUGGGUUUUGGGACCUCUGAUAGCCAAAGCAGCUACUAUCUCUCGAUUGAUGCAAGCCUGGCUGGUUAUUUGCUGUGCUGGUGUGCGAGUGAACGCGGGGCAACGGAUGCGUGCACUUCUCCGGAAGAUUUCAAUGUGUAUGCUGGACGUUUGAGUGUGGUCGGCCCGAGGACCAAUCAGGAGAGCGGCUGCUCCGUCGGGCAGCCAUGCUCUGUGUCUGGGAUUGAGGGUGCCUUUCUAGAAGCCGGUGAUCGUCUGAUGGUUCUCUCAGAUUGCGGCCGAGGCAUUUCGCUGCCUGGAUUUCCUGGCGGCGGCAUCAUGGAGACGAGCAACUCGCGGGAUUUUGCCUUCAUUGGAAACGGCAGUGAUGUUCUCCUCUCGACGCCUGGAAUUUUCCGGCUUUGCUUUUGCAGGCCAGAUGUGCUUGGUGGUCAGGCUUGUGAAACACCAAGCAGCUUCCAGGCGAAAGUUGGCCUCAUGACAGCAAGCGGGCCUUUCGAGCAGGUCGCCACUUGCUACACUGGCAGCAACUGCACGCUGCUGCUCUCCGGGAUUGGCUUGCUUGCUGGGGACCAGGUCUUGAUCGCUUAUGGCGAUUGCGGGCAGACUCCUGGGAUGGGUGUGCGAGGUUUCCCAAAGCUGGAGAGCUCGGUUGUGGUCAUCGAUGGAAGCUCUGGGCUGGAAGCCGGCCUCGGUGAGCUGCCCCAAGGGGCCAUGGCGGGGACCUACAGCAUCUGUUGGUGUCCUGCAACGGGUGAAUGUGGAGACUCUUCGGUAUUCCGAGCUGAGGGUGGCAUUCUACGAGUUGACUGUCCGCCAGGCAGUUAUGCCAUCGGACCAGUUGGAGGUCGAGUUUGUGAGCGCUGCACGCGGGGCUACUACUGCGGCGGAGGGCGGCCAGAACUGGCGACAAGGGUGCCUUGUGCCUCCGGAGAAACGACACUUGACUUGGGAUCCGUUUCCAUUGCAGCUUGUGUCUGUGAUCGGGGAUAUGGACUCGAGCCAGCUGGCUGUGCUGCUUGCAGCGAGGGCUCGUACAAGAGUGUGGCCGGAAAUGAGGAGCCUUGCCUUCCGUGCCCUGCGGGUUUUACAACCUUUGGUACCGGCUCCAGGUCCGAAUCCUUCUGUGCCAUCCCCACGACGGACCCGGCUACGGACCCGGCCGACCCGAACCCGGGGGAUUCGUCACCCAACCAGAGCAACGAGAGCAACGCGAGCAACGCGAGCAACGCCUCGGAAUCUCCCAAUAGGACAGUAACACCAGGCCCGUCACCACCGGAAAUGGUCUUCAAAAACGAAUCAGCUGUGCCUGCGGUCUCGUUCACAAUGACCAUGUCACGACAAGCAUCCGACGGAGACGACGAGACGUUGAAGAAUCAGCUAAAAGCAACGUUCAUUUCAACCUUGUCAGCUUCAACCCGGGUCGACCCUACUGCAAUCGUGAUUGAGAUCGUAGACGAAAUAUCAUCGAGCAACUCGAGCAACUCAACCGCUCGCCGGCUUCAAGCAACUUCUACGGUGAAAAUCACCAUCAAGCAGCGCACAGCAGAAGAAGCCAGCUUGACUCUCCAAGACAUGGAUGUCGACUUGAUCUCCAAAGAGCUGGAGGAUGCAGUGGACCAGCAUCCGACGCUCGGUGCAGCUGGUAUUGGUCUGGCGAUCGAAAGCGUCCCCGAGAUCACUGAAACUUCAGUUAAGUGCCCGGCACGGAGAUCUGUACCACCAGGAGUACCUGUGCUGAGCGAAGACGAUUGUGAAUGCAGCCCUGGCUACGGCUACAGUGCUGCCACGAUGACUUGCGCAUUGUGUGAACAAGGCGGAUACAAGGCAGCUGUGGGGGAUGUGUCAUGCACACGGUGUCCGGAGCUGAUGUCUACCUUGACUACGGGGGCAACAUCUCCGGACGACUGCCAGUGCCAGGUGGGCCUCUAUGCAGAUGAGACCGGAGCAUGUGUCGACUGCUUCUUGGGGUCCUAUUGCCCUGGCACCGGGGAGGCCAUUCCAUGCCCAAGGAAUUCUACAACGACGUCGGUGGGCAGGUCCAUCGCAGAUUGUAUUUGUAUGGCUGGCUUCUAUUCCGUUCAAGAUGAAUCAUUAUGCCAACCUUGUCAGCGUGGCAAAUACAAGCCCAACAUUGGCAAUGGGGAGUGCCCUCUGACAUGCCCCACCAGUGCAGAUAGCGAGCCAGGCAGUUCAGGUCUGGGCGACUGCUUUUGCCAGCCCGGGUUCCAUGCCAAGACCGAUGCAACGACGGGCAAUCUGGCCAGAUGUGCAACUUGCGAUUACGCGGGCCUGAUCUGUCGCGGUGGCUUUGAGGGUGGCAACCUCACGAAUUCAAGCAGCCAGUCAUCGCGUCGUGUGCAUGCGCAGCCAGUGGCAGAGACCGGUUACUACCAAACUGGUGCAACGUCAGCAGUUGCUUGCGAUGUCUUGGUGGUGGAGGAGGUCUCCGCAUGCGGAGGCGGCGAGGCGUGUGCCGCGGAGCGGAUCGGCCUUCCAGUUUCAGAAACCUGCUAUGGGGCAGCGGGCACCUUCGACGCAUCUGGUUCCACAA